UUAACAGGGCCAAUUAGUCCCAGCACGGCUGGGCUGACUCGGCUGCACCCCUCGGAAGGUCUCCUCUCUCGGCAGUGCUCCGUGUAGUCCCGGCUCCGGGGAGCCCUGCUGCCAAAAGGGCCUCUGGGGCUCACACGUUCCAUCCGUGCCCGACCCGGGUGCGGGGCCGCCGGCCGAGCGCUGGGGUGAGGGCGGCGAGGCCUGUGAGGCAAAGGCUUCCCCUCGCCUCACCCAGCCAGAGGCACAGCCGCUCCAAGGGGCAGCAGCCUCCCACAACUCAUUGCCCGCCUGCAUUUGUGCUGCCCGAGUCUUAGGGAUCCUUAGGAAAGGGGGCAGCAGGGAAUAGACUGUGGGGUGAAUUAAUUGUUCUGGCAGGCCAGAAAUUUUUCAGCCCGAGUCACCCCAGGCUGACUCAAAAAUAGCUCUGUAAAGGCUUGCACAGAGUGGGGUGGAGGUGCAACAGGGCUUUCAUUCUGCUGCUGGCUGCUCACACCAGCCCUCCAGCCUGGGUCCCAUACCAGGCCCGGCAGGGCCCCUUCUGAUACCACCCACAACAUCCUGAAACAUCUCAUAGCCAGGCCUUGCUUUUAUCCAUCUGCUCUCUCCAAACCCCUGUCGAAAGAAUGCACAGCACAGAGCCAGUUGUACUCCUGGUUCUGGCUGGUUCUGUAUGACUGGAGCAACCAAAAAAGCACCUUGAGUUGAACCGUAGGUCCAGGUUUGCCUAAUGCGAUUUCCGAAGCUGCUAUGGUUCUGUGAAGUUUCCUGGACAGCUGUUAAGGCAAGGUGCAAAAUAUGUUCUGGACAGGAAAAUAAAAGAAACUCCUGAUGUGAAGUCAGUACAAUUUUUGCUUUUCUCCAGUGCUAUGAUAGUGAUUUAAAGUACUUCAGCUUCAGAGGGUUCCUGGUCCUGUCACAGAUAAAUACAAGGCUUCAGUUUUCCUAGAGGUGGCCAUUAUUGGCUAAUAGGAUGAACCAGGGAAACCAAAGCCCCUUCAUUUGCUACAGCAGCUCCACUCUGACAUGGACAGGGGAGAUGGUUCGAUCAAAUACAUCCUCUCAGGAGAGGGAGCUGGUAUUGUGUUCACCAUUGAUGAUACAACAGGGGACAUUCAUGCCAUUCAGCGGCUGGACCGGGAAGAAAGGUCACAGUACACCCUCAGAGCGCAGGCUCUGGACAGGCGGACGGGCCGGCCGAUGGAACCUGAGUCAGAGUUUAUCAUCAAAAUCCAAGACAUCAACGACAAUGAACCCAAGUUCCUGGAUGGACCUUACGUAGCCUCUGUUCCAGAAAUGUCACCUGUGGGCACCUCUGUUAUCCAGGUGACAGCAACAGAUGCUGAUGACCCAACCUAUGGGAACAGCGCGAGAGUCGUAUACAGUAUUCUCCAAGGACAACCAUAUUUCUCUGUGGACUCUCGGACAGGCUUAAUUAGAACAGCUCUAAUGAACAUGGACCGAGAAGCAAAAGAAUAUUAUGAAGUGAUUAUCCAGGCCAAGGAUAUGGGUGGACAGCUGGGAGGAUUAGCUGGAACAACCACAGUCAACAUCACUCUCUCUGAUGUCAAUGACAAUCCACCCAGAUUUCCACAGAAGCAUUAUCAGAUGAGUGUGCUGGAGUCUGCUCCCAUCAGCUCCACCGUGGGCCGUGUGGUUGCUAAAGACCUGGACGAAGGCAUUAAUGCAGAGAUGAAAUAUAGCCUUGUGGAUGGAGAUGGACUGGAUGUCUUUGAUAUUAACACUGAUCCUAAUUACCAAGUUGGCAUCAUCACUGUGAGAAAGCCUUUAAGUUUUGAGAGCAAGAAAAGUUACACCUUGAAAGUAGAGGGUGCCAACCCUCACCUGGAAAUGCGGUUCCUGAACCUGGGUCCCUUCCGUGACACCACCACUGUCCACAUCAGUGUGGAGGAUGUGGAUGAGCCUCCGGUGUUUGAGCCCAGCAUCUACUUUGUGGAAGUGCCUGAGGAUGUGGAGAUUGGGACCACUAUACAGAUAAUUUCUGCCAAGGACCCAGACGUGACCAACAACUCCAUCAGAUACUCGAUUGACAGGAGCAGUGAUCCAGGACGGUUCUUUUACGUUGACAUAACAUCAGGAGCACUGAUGACUGCAAGACCUCUUGACCGGGAGGACAUUUCUUGGCACAACAUCACAGUGUUGGCCAUGGAGCUGAAUAACCCCUCACAGGUGGGCAGCGUCUCUGUGACGGUGAAAGUCCUGGAUGUGAACGAUAACGCACCAGAGUUUGCAAGAUUUUAUGAAGCUUUUGUUUGUGAAAAUGCCAAAGCAGGCCAGCUGAUUCAGACAGUGAGUGCCAUCGACAGGGAUGACCCGCAGGAGGGUCAGCACUUCUACUACAGCCUGGCUCCAGAGGCAGCGAACAACCCCAACUUUACUCUAAGGGACAAUCAAGACAAUACAGCGUGGAUUUUGACAAGGCGCUCUGGCUUCAGACAACACGAGCAGAACACCUUUUACCUGCCCAUCCUGAUCAGCGACAACGGGCGCCCGGUGCUGAGCAGCACGGGCACGCUGACCGUGCACGUGUGCAGCUGCGAUGAGGAGGGCAUGGUGAUGUCCUGCAACGCCGAGGCCUACGUCCUCCCUGUCAGCCUGAGCCGAGGGGCACUCAUUGCCAUCCUCGCCUGCAUCUUUGUCCUGCUAGUGUUGGUGCUCCUCAUCCUCUCCAUGCGGCGCCAGCGGAAGCAGCCGUACAUCAUCGACGAGGAGGAGAACAUCCACGAAAACAUCGUCAGGUAUGAUGAUGAGGGUGGCGGGGAGGAGGACACGGAGGCCUUUGACAUCGCUGCCAUGUGGAACCCGCGGGAGGCCCAGCUGGUGGUGAAGAACCGGCAGGACAUGCUCCCUGAAAUAGAGAGCCUCUCCCGAUACGUGCCUCAGGCCUGCAUCAUGGACAACAACGUCCACAACUACGUGCUUGCCAAGCUGUACGAAGCUGACAUGGACCUGUGGGCGCCUCCCUUCGACUCCCUGCAGACCUACAUGUUUGAAGGGAACGGCUCGGUGGCGGAGUCGCUCAGCUCCUUACAGUCCGUGACGACAGACUCAGACCAGAGCUACGACUACCUGACGGACUGGGGGCCGCGCUUCAAGAAGCUGGCCGAGAUGUACGGGGCCACAGACAGCAGCGGGGCUCUGUGGUAACAGACAAGGAAUGGCAGAGGGCUUUCCAUGUGAAACGGUGUCCGGUUCGGUCCAUUCUCAUCAGAUGCUUCCAUGGACAUGGGUGAGGCCUCAUAAAAAAAUAGCAAUACAGUGCUUGGAUGAGAAUGGGAAGGAGGGUGCGAAUGAAGGUCUCUCUGGAUCAGCUUUACUCAGUUAAACUAAGUCACAUUUUUGAAACUAUGAGAAACGGAAGGAAGGAAGCUUUUUCCUGGUUCUUACAGCAAAAUUGGAGAGCUUCACACCUGGAAUAUGGCAUUGCUCGCUCUCUCUCUCUCUCUUUCUCUCUCUCUCUCUCUCUCUUCCUUUCUCUCCCCUUUGUACACGGCAGCUUACUGAGCUCUAUACAUAGGGUUCAAAGAUCUGUAAACUCCAACUGAAAUUGCCACCACAGACAAGUUGCUUCUCACUGGUCAUUUUUUUUCCCAUUAAAACAGAAAAGAAUUGCUUGCUAACAAGAGAAAAAAAUCUGCAAAGCAGAAAAUUGAAACUGGAAUCUCAGAGGGCUCCUUGUAAACUAAACUCCUCCCUCUGUUGCUAACAGAGUUCUUUUUUAAUCCUUUAGAAACAAGGCUGAGGUUGGGGGGUUUUUUCCCAUGUGACUGAGAGGGCUGGGGAAGAGGCUUUGAAUUUCUGCUCUAGUUUAAUGGCUGAUCUGUGAGUUAUUGGCGUUAACACUAAUCCAUCUCCUGUCGAGUUUGUGUAAAUUUAUUCUUGACUCUUUAAAACCAUGACUCUCUAAACUGCUCAGAACAAAACCAGAAAAUCUGCCUCUUUUUGCACUGUAGAUGUCUCUUCCAUGUGCCAAAUGUGAAGAUUAGAUUCUACCAAUGAAAGCCAAAUAAAUUUUAAAAUAAGAAAAAGCUAUAUUUGGUAACUACAUGGGUUAGAUGGGCUUUCCUAAUCUGUGUGAGGUCAAUCCAAGGGAUGUUUACAUACUGUAGAUAACCUACUUGAACAAAUGCAGUAUUAUAGACCAAUAAAUGGAUGUAAGAAAAUUACAUGUAUAAGUUUUGUAUAUUUGUUAAUUUUGGUAAUAAAUAUGAUGUACUGCAUACAGUACAGUACCUUAGCACCUCUUUUAAUAAAAGUUAAACAGAA